CUCAUAUGCUCUGCAGACUGUAAUAAUAAAUCAUCUCGUCACCUAAUUAUUAAUUUCCAUUCAUUACUCAAUUAUCCAAAGAAAAGAAAAAAUAAUAAUGAGCAGCUUAACCAUGGUGGAAGCAAGUUUACCACCAGGGUUUAGGUUUCAUCCUCGAGAUGACGAACUUGUUUGUGAUUACUUAAUCAAUAAGUGGAAUGGAUGCGAUCACUCUUCUUUCCUUCUUCAACUUGAUCUCAAUAAGUGUGAGCCUUGGGAUAUUCCUGAAACAGUUUGUGUUGGAGGAAAAGAAUGGUACUUUUACAGCCAAAGAGAUAGGAAAUAUGCAACGGGGCUAAGAACAAAUCGAGCAACCGCCUCCGGUUACUGGAAAGCCACCGGAAAAGAUAGGCCGGUGCUUCGACGGAGCAGCUUGGUUGGAAUGAGAAAAACAUUGGUAUUUUACCAAGGGAGAGCUCCCAAAGGCAAUAAAACUAAUUGGGUUAUGCAUGAAUUUCGUGUUGAAGGACCUUUUUUUACCCCUCCAACAUUUUCUGGCUUGUCUAAGGAGGACUGGGUGCUAUGUAGGGUGUUCUUGAAGAAGAAAGAAUCAAGAUCAAUAAGUGAUCAAGCUGAAAAUGAUUCAACCAAUAAUUCAGUUGAAGAAACAAGCUCAUCUACUCUUAAUACUCUACCUCCUUUAUUGGAUUCUUACAUCACUUUUGACCAAACUCAAUCAAAUAUUUAUAAUAUUAACAAUAAUAAUAAUAAUAAUGAUAACAAUAAUAAUAAUAAUAAUAAUAAUAAUAAUAAUAAUAAUAAUAAUAAUAAUCAAGUGCAAGUGCCCUGCUUCUCCAUGAGGUCAUCAUCAGACAACUACAAUUACCCCAUAAUAAUGCAGCAAUUUCAUCUAAAUAAUGAUUCAGCCAAUAAUAAUAAUAAUAAUAAUAAUAAUAAUAAUAAUAAUAAUAUAAACCCAGGUGCUUUAUCAUGUGAUAAAAAGGUGGUUGAAGCUUUCCUAACACACCUUACUAAGAUGGAACCAUCCCUUCCUUCCCCAACCCUAAAUGCUACUCCUUAUGCUGCUUUACCCACUCACAUGUGGAAUCAUUAUUAGCUUCUUAUUAUUAGGAUGUAAUACUUUGCUACUUGGCUUUACAUGUACACUCUAGUUUUCCAUGACUUUUUAUAUGUAUGUUAUGUUCUUUAAAGAUUUAAGUAUAUUGUAAUUGAUAAAUCAAACUUUUUAAAGUGAAUUCAUGCUAUUUUGGAAUACUAUUAGUCUUUACCGUUAUAAUAUAUAUAAUAUAUCAUGGGUCCUUAAUCAUUAACUUGAGAUUUUGGCUGAAUUGGUUUCUUAACAUGGUAUCAGAGUUCAUGACAUUUACCACCUAUCAUUACUUUGAAUAUUAAUGAUUUAUUCAUAGAAUACUUUGUAA